GUUAAAAUUAACAACAUUGUGCCGGGAACAAAAAUUAUAUUCAAUGGAAUUCACAUUUAAACUGACAUUUCUUGAACGUUUGAUGGGUAUAUUUAUGCAAACCAGACCACAGCUAUUAUAUUUUUGUUAUAUCAAGAUUUGACAAAACUUUGACUUAUAACUUACAAAUGAAAUGCAGCAGUGAUGGUUCCCUUUUUAUUUAAAAAAAAAAUACAGUUGCCUUAACAAUUACAAAUUAAUAAAAAUUAUACUUUGUUUGAGGACUUUUUUUAUGAAAUCAUGUCGGCUAUUACAAUUUCUGCAAAAAAAUUAUUUGAAGCGUACAAAACUUGGGUUAGCGAGAAUCCUCAAACCGUUGGCGAUUUUGAGACGACUUUUAAAUGGGCUUCAUACUUUUUGGCUGGAAGAAUUUCAAAUUCAUCAAUCACAACUGAAUUAAUUUACUCAUUAUCAAAUUUGCUGGCAUUACUAAACGACAGAAUAAUCGAAAAAGCAAUGUGUGUAAAUCCUUUAGUCAACGAUGUGGUCUAUAAAAUGAAAUUGAUGUUGACUACUUUGGAGUUUUGUGAAGUUUUUAUAGAAAUUACAGCAAACAAAUUAUGGGGACAAAAAGGACGCUGGUUUUUUAUUACCAUUAUCCAAAUAACAAAAUCAAUUGGAAGAUUUUACUUGCUUCAAAAAUCCAGGAACUGUAUUAUAACAACACCUCCUAUAUCAGCUUUAGACCGAAAGAACGUUAAUAAAUCUAUUGAAGAAAAUGAUCAAGUUGGUGAAAUUGAAGGCUCAAAAUUUUUUAAACUCCGAUCUGGAAAGGUUAUUCGAAGAAUAAAUGGCGCACCUCCACCAAAUGAAAGAGAUUUUACUACGCCUGUAUAUUUUGAUCCACAUAGAAAGAAAAAAAUUUUAUCUAAGGCUGAGAGUUUGUUUAUUGCGAAGCCAAUUUUACACCUUGGUACUAUUGGCUUAUUUGGUUACAAGUCAUGGAAGAGUUAUGGUGUAGCAUUAAUUCUGGAUAUAGCUAGCAUUCGUAUUUAUUACGAAAACAGACAUUUGCUUACAGAUAAACAAAAGUUAAUACUAAGCAGAAGAUGUGUCAAUCUACUUUUAUAUUUAGUUAAAUCUCCUUUUUAUGAAAGUAAAGCACAGUAUUGUAUAAAUAAAAUUUUGAAAGGCGCCGCACAUUCAAUUCCAUUUGCCAAAUCUAUUUGCACUCCGAUAUUGCAAUACAUUCCACAUUGGCAAGAAACAUACUUUUACAUGUGGUCAACAUAAUUUAUCAGUUUUAUAAUCAUUUUAUUUCACGUUUUUAUAUGUAAUGGGUUGGUUUUUACAUUGUUUUACAUUUUCGUUGGACAGACAAAUGUUUUUGAUAAAUCAUGUAAAUUAACAUUAAAAUUAAAUUUUAUGUUAAAUUUCAUUUUAAAAAGUAUAAAAUAAAUUUUCUCAUUAAAAUUAAGAUUUAUCAAAAUAAAAAA